AUAAAAACAACACAAAGCCAAUAACUCAGCACUUGCUUUGCCCACAACGCCAGCCUUUAUUUCAGUGCUUUUUAACCCAACAAACUCUCUCUCUGUGACCCCAUCAUCUUCCACAGUUUCCAUCUUCCUCAACUCCUUUUCCUCUUCUCUCAUCUUUCAUCUUAUCAGAAAUGGAGCUCUGCACAAAGGCUUUGAAAUCAAGUUUACGCAGAGAACUGACCUUGAAGUCGAACCAGCAAGCUUUGAUUGAUGAGUUUUGGUGCGCCACUGGAAUUUCUGGUGUACCCAGUGAAGAUUUUUCAGUGGACGACCUUCUUGACCUCUCUAAUGGCGAAUUCGAAGAUGGGUCUGUUGAAGAAGAAGAAGAAGAAGAAAAAGACUCAGUUUCUGUGGAUGAUGAAAGUUCCAAUUCAAGCAACUUUGUCUCUGCCGACUCUGAGUCUGCUCUGGCCAGCCAACUCUUAGUCCCGGAUGAUGAUUUAGCAGGGCUUGAAUGGGUUUCUCACUUUGCGGAUGAUUCUCUGUUAGACCUCUCUCUGCUUCACCCAGUCGGUACCCAAAAACCGGAGGCUCUUGCCUUGACCCCGUCUGAACCGGAGGCCAAACCGGUUCAAUCAAGACCCACAUGGUUUCCUAAACAAGUUCCAGUGAAACCCAGGAGCAAGCGUUGCAGACCGGCCAGUCGAGUUUGGUCGUACCCGUCUUCGUCUUCACCAUCGUCGUCGUCUUCUUGUUCUUCUGGGUUUUCAUUUUCAACGCCUUGUCUUAUCUUCAACAACCCGGUUCACAGCGCGGACGUGUUUGUCGGUGAACCGGCGACCAAGAAACAGAAGAAAAAACCGGCGGUUCAAACCGGGGUCGACGGUUCAGUUGGGGUACAGUUUCAGAGGAGGUGUAGUCAUUGCCAUGUUCAAAAGACCCCACAAUGGAGAACCGGUCCACUUGGUGCCAAAACUCUAUGUAAUGCGUGCGGGGUCCGGUUCAAGUCUGGGCGGCUUUUUCCGGAGUAUAGACCUGCAUGCAGUCCGACUUUUUCUGGUGACGUCCACUCGAAUAGUCACCGCAAAGUGUUGGAGAUGAGGAAGAGAAAAGAGGCGGGCGGACCCGAGCCCGGGUUGAACCGAGUAAUUCCAAGUUUUUGAGGGUUUAGAACUAGAUAAAGUGAACUUAAACCCGGUUGAACCGGUUUUGUGUUGUACAUUUUUGUGGUUGUAGUGUAGUGGUAGGCUCUUAGGGAGCUUUAGUCUUUAGCCUCAGUUUUAGGCUUUUAGCUUUAUACUUUUUUUUCCUUUAAUUAUUAUUUGGGUGAUGUUAUGAAUGUGUUUUGCAGGUCUAAAUUCUAAUGGAGGGAGGAAGAGAUAGGUAUAGAUAUUAGGACUGAGUGACAGGAGGUUUUGUUUCGUAGGUCUGUUUUAGAGUUUAAUGGAGUCUUUGGACCUUUUGAUUUAUUUUUGUUUUAAUUUCAUUUUGACAAGGCUUUGAAAUGUUCAAACGCAAGAAGUGGUUCAGCGGUUUUUGAUGGA